AUGGCGGAUGACCCGGACCCCGGGGAUCCCGGGGGCUGGGUGGGGGACGGCCUUGACAGCGACGUGACGGGGGCCUUCGGGGGUGAAGGGGGGGUAAGCACAGUAGCAGCUGGUGGGUCGCUCCACCUAUUGACCGGUCACAAAAGACGGGGGGGGGCUGAGAGUGCGCUCCAGAGCCCACGCACUCGCCGCCUCCACCACGAAGACCUUCUGUGCCUCUUUGGCAAACCAGCCAAGAGACAGUGUUGUGCAGCAGGCCGUUCGAUUUCAGUACUGUCAUGUAGCCAACCUCUCGAAGACCCUCCCAACACCGGGUCUGACGGCGAUUACCCCGUACCUUCGGCCAUCAUCGGAGAAAGGGGGGGAGCAACAACCGAAAAGGGUCCAGUCGAUGAGGUGGCGGUUGUGCCACGGGAGGCAUCGGAGGUAGCGAGGGCAGCUUGGGAGGAACACCGUAGGUGCUUGCAACAACAGCAUGACACUCGCAGACGCUGCCUACCUGAGAGGGCAAUGUUGCACGGCACCGGCUCGGCCGACGCCGCAAUCCCCCCGGUCGUGCCACGUCUCGCACGGCGGCAGGAGCGGAGGCGCCGGAGUGCGGCGGGGAAAGACAGGCAGCAGGAGCCACUAGUGGGGGGGCAGCGGGACCCGCAGGUGGGCGGGCAGCAGGGGGCCCGGGAGAGGAGCCGGCAGCCGCCGCAGGAGCUGCAGAGCGGAGGGCAGCAGCAGCUGCAGAGCGGAGGGCAGCAGGAGCUGCAGAGCGGAGGGCAGCAGCAGCUGCAGAGCGGAGGGCAGCAGGAGCUGCAGAGCGGAGGGCAGCAGCAGCUGCAGAGCGGAGGGCAGCGGCAGCUGCAGAGCGGAGGGCAGCAGGAGCUGCAAAGCGGAGGGCAGCAGCAGCUGCAGAGCGGAGGGCAGCAGGAGCUGCAGAGCGGAGGGCAGCAGGAGCUGCAGAGCGGAGGGCAGCAGGAGCUGCAGAGCGGAGGGCAGCAGGAGCUGCAGAGCGGAGGGCAGCAGCAGCUGCAGAGCGGAGGGCAGCGGCAGCUGCAGAGCGGAGGGCAGCAGGAGCUGCAGAGCGGAGGGCAGCAGCAGCUGCAGAGCGGAGGGCAGCAGGAGCUGCAGAGCGGAGGGCAGCAGGAGCUGCAGAGCGGAGGGCAGCAGGAGCUGCAGAGCGGAGGGCAGAAGCAGCUGCAGAGCGGAGGGCAGCAGCAGCUGCAGAGCGGAGGGCAGCAGCAGCUGCAGAGCGGAGGGCAGCAGCAGCUGCAGAGCGGAGGGCAGCAGGAGCUGCAGAGCGGAGGGCAGCAGCAGCUGCAGAGCGGAGGGCAGCAGCAGCUGCAGAGCGGGGGGCAGCAGGCGCUGCAGAGCGGAGGGCAGCAGGCGCUGCAGAGCGGAGGGCAGCAGCAGCUGCAGAGCGGAGGGCAGCAGCAGCUGCAGAGCGGAGGGCAGCAGGAGCUGCAGAGCGGAGGGCAGCAGCAGCUGCAGAGCGGAGGGCAGCAGGAGCUGCAGAGCGGAGGGCAGCAGCAGCUGCAGAGCGGAGGGCAGCAGCAGCUGCAGAGCGGAGGGCAGCAGCAGCUGCAGAGCGGAGGGCAGCAGCAGCUGCAGAGCGGAGGGCAGCAGCAGCUGCAGAGCGGAGGGCAGCAGCAGCUGCAGAGCGGCGGGCAGCAGGAGCUGCAGAGCGGAGGGCAGCAGCAGCUGCAGAGGGGAGGGCAGAAGGAGCUGCAGAGCGGAGGGCAGCAGCAGCUGCAGAGCGGAGGGCAGCAGCAGCUGCAGAGCGGAGGGCAGCAGCAGCUGCAGAGCGGAGGGCAGCAGGAGCUGCAGAGCGGAGGGCAGCAGCAUCUGCAGAGCGGAGGGCAGCAGGAGCUGCAGAGCGGAGGGCAGCAGCAGCUACAGAGCGGAGGGCAGCAGCAGCUGCAGAGCGGAGGGCAGCAGCAGCUGCAGAGCGGAGGGCAGCAGCAGCUGCAGAGCGGAGGGCAGCAGCAGCUGCAGAGCGGAGGGCAGCAGCAGCUGCAGAGCGGAGGGCAGCAGCAGCUGCAGAGCGGCGGGCAGCAGGAGCUGCAGAGCGGAGGGCAGCAGCAGCUGCGGAGUGGAGGGCAGCAGGAGCUGCAGAGCGGAGGGCAGCAGCAGCUGCAGAGCGGAGGGCAGCAGCAGCUGCAGAGCGGAGGGCAGCAGCAGCUGCAGAGCGGAGGGCAGCAGGAGCUGCAGAGCGGAGGGCAGCAGGAGCUGCAGAGCGGAGGGCAGCAGCAGCUGCAGAGCGGAGGGCAGCAGCAGCUGCAGAGCAGAGGGGAGCAGGAGCUGCAGAGCGGAGGGCAGCAGGAGCUGCAGAGCGGAGGGCGGCAGCAGCUGCAGAGUGGAGGGCAGCAGCAGCUGCAGGGCGGAGGGCAGCAGCAGCUGCAGAGCGGAGGGCAGCUGCAGCUGCAGAGCGGAUGGCAGCAGCAGCUGCAGAGUGGAGGGCAGCAGGAGAUGCAGAGCGGAGGGCAGCAGCAGCUGCGGAGCGGAGGGCAGCAGCAUUUGCAGAGAGGAGGGCAGCAGGAGCUGCAGAGCGGAGGGCAGCAGCAGCUGCAGAGCGGAGGGCAGCAGCAGCUGCAGAGCGGAGGGCAGCAGCAGCUGCAGAGUGGAGGGCAGCAGCAGCUGACCAGCGGAGGUCAGCAGGAGCUGCAGAGCGGAGGGCAGCAGCAGCUGCAGAGCGGAGGGCAGCUGCAGCUGCAGAGCAGAGGGAUGGAGCUUGCAAGGCCGUCAGAGGGGGGCAUGGAGACGGAGUCGAGCAGGAGGGUCUUGCUGGCAUGUUCGAGUGGAGAGGAGCACCCAGACCCUAGACUGACACCCCCGCCCCGCAUCCCGUGCGAAACCUGUUAUCGCACGUUCACGGAGAGAGGAAAGGCCACACGCCAUAUGUCGGCCUGCAGGGCAGCGGACGCCCAGCGUCGCGCUCAGGCGCUUGGGUUGACCCGUGACGUCACAGACGACUCGGACGGCGAACCCCCGCCACCACGUGAUAUCAGUGAAGAGGUGUGGGCCGCAGUUCCUACAUGGGACUGGGAGUCGUUUUUUGGGAUCGAAUUGGUGCCAGGGAGAAUCAUGCGUCGUAUCCCACAGCGCGCUAGACUGGGGGUGCUUGAUGCACUAUCUUGUGUCCUGAAGCGGCUACAGUCAAAGGCAGCAGACGAGGCAGCAUCCUUGGUCUUUUUGGCCUUCCCUCGUCUUAUCUUGGGGAUUCCAACCGGGCAAGGCCAGGGGCAUAGGGCGGCAAUCAGGGAGCGGUUGGAGAAGUUUUGGGCCGGGGAGUGGCGGGAGCUGUUUGAGUUGGCGGUGGCGGCAAUGCAACCUGCGGCUCGUCCUUUGUCCUUCACCCCCCCCGAGCAUGACCCUGAUGCAGUGCGCCUGGCUCGCUGCCGCACAAGGUGCAAAGUGGGAGAAUGGAGUCGGGGUUUGGCGUGUCUUACUGCUGGUAGCAUCGCUCAGCCCUCUCAGCACAUGGUGGACGCGAUACGAGCGAAACAUCCAUCGAGCGAGACCGCCAUUCCGGAGUGGGUGCACGAGGAGAUUGUUGAGCCUUCCCUUAUCCCGCAGCUCUCAGUGGAGCUAUCAUCCAGCCAUCGCAUUUUACUAACACCCAGCCGUCGCCUCUCCCUCUUAUCCCGUAGUCGCCCCUCCCUCCUACCCUGCCGUCGCAAUUCCCUCCCAUCCCGCCGCCACCUCUCACCCCGUCAUCGCCUCUCACUCCCACCCCCCUGUCGCCUCUCCCUCACUCCCCGCCAUCGCCACUCCCUCCUAUCCCGCCAUCUCCACUACCUCCCACCCCGCCGUCGACACUCCCUCUUAUCCCGCCGCCGUCUCUUCUCCCAUCCGGCCGCCGCCUCUCCCUCCUCCCCACCGUCGCCUCUCCCUCCUCCCCGCCGUCGCCUUUCCUUUCUCCCCGCCAUCGCCUCUCCCUCCUCCCCGCCGUCGCCUCUCCCUCCUCCCCGCCGUCGCCUUUCCUUACUCCCCGCCGUCGCCUCUCCCUCCUCCCCGCCGUCGCCUCUCCCUCCUCCCCGCCGUCGCCUCUCCCUCCUCCCCGCCGUCGCCCCUCCUUUCCUCCCCGCCGUCGCCUCUCCCUCCUCCCCGCCGUCGCCUCUCCCUCCUCCCCGCCGUCGCCUCUCCCUCCUCCCCGCCGUCGCCUCUCCUUUCCUCCCCGCCGUCGCCUCUCCCUCCUCCCCGCCGUCGCCUCUCCCUCCUCCCCGCCGUCGCCUCUCCUUUCCUCCCCGCCGUCGCCUCUCCCUCCUCCCCGCCGUCGCCUCUCCCUCCUCCGCGCCGUCGCCUCCUUCUCUCCUCGUCGUCGCCUCUUUUCCCCUCCCCGCCGUCGCCUCUCCCUCCUCCGCGCCGUCGCCUCCGGCGGCAGAUUGGUCUGCUCUCGCAUUGCACUUUCAUUUGAAGAAGGGGAGAGACGGAGCGCGAGGGAGAGCAUGUACACGGGAGCGAACACGCAGAAAAGCGCGCGUGAGAGUGCGCGUGAGAGAGUGCACGAGAGAGCGCACGAGAGAGCACGUGAGGGAGCGCGUGAGAGAGCGCGUGCGAGUGAGAGUGUUCCUGAGAGUGCGCGUGAUAGAGCGCGUGAGAGAGCGCACGCGCGUAAUGGAGCGCGUGCGCGUGAGAGAGCGCAUGCGCGUAAUGGAGCGCGUGCGCGUGAGAGAGCGCGUGCGCGUAAUGGAGCGCGUGCGCGUGAGAGAGCGCGUGCGCGUGAGAGUGCGCAUGCGCGUGAGAGAGCUCGUGAGAGUGCGCGUGAGAGAGCGCGUGAGAGUGCGGAUGAGAGUGCGCGUGAGGGAGCGCGUGAGAGUGCGAGUGAGAGUGCACGUGAGAGUGCACGUGAGAGUGCAAGUGAGAGUGCGCUUGAGUGAGUGCGUGAGAGAGAGCACGUGA